CAGUUGUCAUGGUAACGGCCCUGCGUCCAAAAUGGCGUCUUUACUCGGGGAGCAUCUAUUUCAAAUGAGUGGUCAGGGUCCACCUCCUCAAAAGGACUUCUUCCAACUUCUCAUUAACAAGAAUGAGGUAAUAUGGAGAUCAUGGAAGAUUUCUGUGCGACUUGACUCCAAGGGCGCUGCCCCCAAAGAGCAGAAGACUUCCCAUGACAAUUUCCUACAUCAGAAGACGCUACAGCAACAAGUUGGUGCAGUUUUCGGGCAGAGAAUCCUAGAAUACACAAGAUCCCUUUGUCAAGGAAAGUUUGAUUACCUGGAGCGCUUACCAGAUGACAUAGUGCUCCGAAUCCUGUCCUACGUAGAGUUGAAAGACGUGAGACUACUGGCACAGAUUUCACAGAGAUUCAGAAAGCUCUGCAACUCUGAGAAGUUUUGGGAACAAACUGUGAAGAAUCGCUGUGCUGAGUUUACCAAUGACAUGGAGGGCAUAGCAAAUGCCAUGGGCUGGAGGAGGAUGUAUUUUACCUUUUUCCACACCAGUGUCGUUAAGGCCCAGCAAUGAAGCAGCUGAACAGUUUAAUCACUGUUGUGAAACAACUGCAGUAUUAAAAUCAUUUUGUGUUGAAAUGUGUUAUCUACAAAAAAAAGUGUAUGUUCAAUACAUUUAAAGUGCCAGAUAUUUUUCAAAAACAAAUCUGUAUUUUUAUGUGUUCCUACUUUCUUGUUAAACUUUGGAUGAUACAGAUGACCACCAGUAUUCAAUGGGUGGAUAGAUGCCAUUAUUUGUAAGUUAUGUAUUGCAAAGUGUUUAAUUGUUUGAUAUUACUGGUAAAUUAAA